AUGACUACGAGCUCUUCAUCUUCAAAAGAUCCUGCAGCAUUACACAAUCCUUACUUCAAUUUGAAACCAGGACAAAAGGAUAUUUGGUCGUUGAUCAAUGAGACUGCGGCUACUGCUCAAGCUGAACACCCUGAUAGAAAGAUCAUCAACUUGGGACAAGGUUUCUUUUCUUACAGCCCACCUGGAUUUGCCAUUGAAGCGGUCGAUGAGGCAUUGAACCUUGCACAAUUCAAUCAGUACGCACCGGCAAGAGGUAACCCAAACUUGCUUAAACAAGUUGCACAACACUACUCAAGAAGCUAUGGUCGUGAAGUUCCAAUUGAUGAAGUGCAGAUAACCACAGGUGCAAAUGAAGGGAUGUUUGCCGUGUUUUUUGGAUUCCUUACGCCUGGCGACGAAGUCAUUGUGUUUGAACCGUUUUUCGAUCAAUACAUUCCAAACAUUGAGAUGACUGGUGCUAAAGUCAAAUACGUCGAGAUCAAAUACCCUAAAAAAUUGAACAACCAAACCGUCACCGGAGAUGAUUGGGAGAUUGAUUGGGAGGGCUUGGAGCUGAGUAUUAACGAAAAGACCAAAAUGAUUGUAAUUAAUACCCCACACAACCCAAUCGGUAAAGUAUUCACCAAGCAGGAGUUGCAUAGAAUUGGCGAGUUGGUAAUCAAACAUAAUUUGAUUCUAGUCAGUGAUGAAGUAUACGAAAACUUGUACUACUCAGUGGAAUUUCCCAGACCUGCUACGUUAGAAAGCUUGCCCGAGUUGAAAGACCGUACAUUGACCGUUGGCUCAGCCGGUAAGUCAUUUGCAGCUACUGGUUGGAGAGUAGGCUAUAUACAAGGUCCUGCUUCCUUGAUCAAGUAUGUUGCAGCAGCCCACACACGUAUCUGUUUUUCAACACCUGCACCAUUACAACAAGCCGUUGCUCAAGCUUUUUCACAAGUUGUUGAAUUAAACUACUUUGAAAAAGUUAGACAAGACUACACUGAGAAAUACGAGUUAUUUACAAAAGUAUUUGACGACUUGGGCUUACCGUACACCAUUGCUCAAGGAGGAUAUUUUUUGCUUGUCAAUUUGUCUAAAGUGAAGAUUCCCAAGGACUAUGAGUUUCCCGAGGACAUUUUAAGCAGAAAUGCAUUGGAUUUUAAGUUGGCAUAUUGGUUGAUAAAAGAGAUCGGAGUUGUGAGCAUUCCACCCACAGAAUUCCUUACCGAGCAACAUAGACCAGGCAACGCAUUAGAGAAUUGUGUUAGAUUUGCCGUCUGCAAAGACGAUGAAAUCUUGCAAGAAGCAGUUGAGAAGUUGAAAAAAUUGAAGGACUUUUUAUAA